ACAUCUAUUUUCCUUCUUGUAACUAUGCGUUGUUUGAAUUUUACAACGAGGACAUAACACAGUAUUUUGGUUUCACUGCAUAUACGUUCAUGGAGGCAGUAAGAGCCCGUGUAUAAACUUAAGCAUGUGCCAUGCCAUGCAAUGUUACAGUGGUAGCGUGUCAAGUUUGUUUAUAGUGAAUGCGGGAGUGUCCGUUUAUCUGUUAGGCCUGACUGAAGCAUGACUGUGACACGCCCCUUGGAUGAAGCAUAGCUGUGACACACCCCUUGGAUGAAGCAUGACUGUGACACACCCCUUGGAUGAAGCAUGACCGUGACACACCCCUUGGAUGAAACAUGGGUAGCUCGACAUCAGUUUCAUAUUAUGCGAUGGAAGAUUCGGCCCUGAUUCAGAAGGUAAAAGACAAAGUCAGGCGGAAGUGUAAGCUGAAUCUGAAAAAGGUGUCAGCUCGUUCCCAAGCCAGCCCCCUACUUCUUUUCUGCGAGGUCACAACUACCAUCGAUAAGGCUGUCAAUGACAUCGUUAAAGAAGCUAGAGGUGGCGAUGAUGUUUUUGUGGUCACGGUUAAAGUCAGCAAUAGACACCCUGGAAAAAACAAGCAUUUGUCCGAUUUCAUAGCGGAAAGCACAAGGAGAUUAAUUGGAGACGCUUGUGUGUUCUUCUUUGACAUGAACCUUGCAUCAACUGAUUACCGAAAUGACAAUAAAAUUGCCUUUUGUGGAAUAAAACGGUUCAUGGCAGAUGUCAAGCCAGCUGAUAGACAUAUGAUACUGCCUCAUGUCACUUUUCAGAGACAUCCCUUCCUCAAUGAGCCAGUUUGCUUCUAUUUUGAACCUGGGAGUCACAUGGAACAAGACACACUGACCUUCGUGCAGGACGUAGGGCAGUUCCCCUUGCAGAAGUGUGCCAGAUCUGACGUCAGGUCUGUCAGCCCGCUCAUUGUGUUCACACUUUGCUACACCCGUGUUGAUGAGGAUGCUAAUUCAAUCCUCAGACAAGCCAGAGAUGGACAUGACGUGUUUCUGGUGGUGAUAGAAAGUGCCUACAAGCACUCAGCAAUCACAAUCAGCAAUGUUCCACAUCUAUCUUCAAGGACCAGAAGUCGUAUUGGAGAGAGCGGCACACUGGUGUACUCACUUGACUGCAAGAGCUUUCAAGAAACGAGUCAGAAUAUGCAGAUGAUACAAAGAUUACGGAAGUUUCUUAUCGACACGGUGGAAGCAAACAAAUCCAAUAGUUUAAGAAGAUCAAGAAGUACUUUAGCCGAUUGCCGUGGAACACUGCUUUGAACACGAGAAUAUGACAGUUCUUGGCAAGUGUCUUCUCCAAAAGCUUGUUUUUUCACACUUCAGGGGAGGUGAAGGCUCCUUCUUUAGCCCAGACGAACAGAAACUCGAUAUUGGAAUAUCGUUUAUAUUGUAAGAGUAAAUUGACUGCACAUUCUUGUUAACCCUGAUCACCACGUUUAAUGAAAAAAAACCCAUGGUUCAAAGAACGAAGUUUCCCCUCAGGUUUUUCGUGUGGGAUGGCGGUGUACAAAGUUGAAAAAUCAAAUAUUUUGACGUAAUUGCAGUUGCUUCUUUUCUGAGAUUGCUAAACUUGAAGUUAGUUCAAGUAUUUGAGAAUCCACUUGUCUCAAAUACUUUUUAUGGAUCAUGUGAAGACAGUUCUUUGAUUGUAUUAAUGCAUAUGAGGUACAUUUAUAGCAUUAUGUCCCUCUUUUUACAGAUAUGUUAUUUGACAUCCAGUACAAAAGAGGAAUGGACAUAUCUUCAGGCUUUAGAACCUAGCAUAAAGGUGAUAGUGCUGAUGCAUGUUUGUCACAGAUGUACUCCUCUGUUACCAAACAUGUGGACUUUAUUUGAUAUGUUACUUAUACCAAGUUCUUUGAUCAAAUAAAUAAUGUAAUGAUGCUUACAUGUUACAGAUAUAGGCCUUGUCAGUUGGAAAAAGUACGAACAUGCAAUGUAGGGCAGCCAGACUAUGGAUGACGGCUGGCCAGUACAGUAUGACUUUAUUGCAAUUCUGUGUCCAGUUUUCGGUGUGUACAUUCUAAAAAUGACACCAUACCCACUGACUUAACCUACUCUGAAAGACAAUCAACAGUUUCCUAUUUUCUAUUAGCCCAUGUUUGACAUACGCUUCGAUAGCAUUCAUAAUGAUUGUAAAUUGGUAUUGCAGUUCACGAUAUUUUCAGCUAUAUUUAAAUAAUUUGAACUGACGAAAGUUGAUGUCAACAAUAGGGAUACCACCUGUAGUUAUAUGACUAGCAGGUUGGUAGACAAACUCCUGGAGCCAUUCCCGUGGUUCACGUGAUCUCAAAUUACGCGCCCCUGAUUUCCACAACCAAUUUGAUUUGCUAGACUGUUCGGUCUAACGGACCAAUGAGAAUGGGAGUUAGAAACCAGCCUCAAUGUUGGGGUCGAUAUCAACAACAUGGCGGCCAGUUCCAUUGAUUACCAUUGAGUUUGCAAGAAAUUCAACGCUGAAAACCCCAAAACGUUUUUGAUGGAAAGGAUGUGUUCAUGUCCACUGAAACUGGCGGUGGCAAAUUCCCCUUACCAAUUUUUGUUUUCCUUAUUUCGAGAUUUAUUGGUCGGAAAAUGUUUUAAGGAAAAUCAUGGUUGGAUAUAUUGAGAUCGCGAGACCUCACGAAUGGAUCGAGAGAUUAUUGAGAGUAACUUACCGAAAUGUGAGCCCUGGGCAUAUUGGGCAUGAGUUGGUGGCGACGUUUGUUUAUAUGAUAAAUAAGUUGAAAGCGUAAAGACCAGCAUCACUUCAGGCUUUACUCCUUUCAAAUGGAGACGCCGUUUUAAGUGGCGUUAAACUAAACUCAAUCACUAACUCACUAUGAGGGCCCAAGUACAGAAGUAGAUCUUAUCUUACGAAUGUAAAUAUUAAUUAGAAAAAAUCGAAUGUGUGUAAUUAAAUAAAUUCAUUAAAACAUUUUGACAUAUAUCUUCCGCAAUACCUUUAAUCCAUACAGGAUAUCCUCCUUAUGUUCACGGAAAGCCUUUUACAAAGUAUAAAACCACCAUUAACAGUGCCCACAUCAAGCAUCUAUUAUACAGCGUAAAUAACAACUGUAGGUUACUCGAAAAUGUAAUUAGCCAAAUAUCUAAUAUUCAUCAAUUAUAUAUGUGAUUUGCUUUGUGGAACAAUAAAACAAUUUAUACGUCA